AUGUUCACAGAGUCUGUGAGAAGAAGUAUGGAACACCAGCCAGGUAUGCUAGUUUACAAGGACUCCAGAUGCCCUGGGAGCUUCAAAAUGUUUCGCCAAUUAUCAGAGGAAGAUGAAGAUGACUGUAUUACUCAGAUUCCUGGUGGGAAAGCAAUGGUAUACUCAAGUGGGGUAACUAAUGAUGGGACCAUUUACAAAGCCCUGGUCCAGCCCCGCGCAGGGAGGGAGCCUGUCACCGUGCCAACCUGCUGCAGCUGCAGUGAUGUUUUCCUGUACGAGACAAACAAAGCCACCCGGAUCCAAAGCAUGAAUUAUGGCACCAUUAAGUUCUUCCACGUGAUCGUCUUUUCCUACGUUAGCUUUGCUCUGGUGAGUGGCAAGCUGUACCAGUGGAAAGAGCGUGUCAUCAGUUCUGUGCACAGCAAGGUGAAAAGGAUAGCAGAAGUGAAAGAGGAGAUCGUGGAGAAAGAAAUGAAGAAGUUGGUGCACAGUGUCUUUAACACGGCAGAUUACACCUUCCCUUUGCAGGCGAACACCUGGUAG